UUCUAGCAAACUUCGUGUACAGUACUGUGAGCGAACGCGGUUAUCAGUGCUAAUGUGAGCGUUGGCGUGUGGCCCUGUUACUGGCGAGAUGACUUCAGACUCAGAAUCAGAGUGGGACGUCAUUCCAACUGUACGUGUUACUGGCGAAACUGCAGAGCAGCUUGCCAAUGCUGUGUGCAUGUUGUGGGUACCGAAACUGCAAACGCAUUCGUACAGAAGCGGACAGAAUCUGAUCGCGUUUGAAAGUCUGUGGCCGGACUCUAGAAACCUGAAGAAAUGCGUGCACGAGUUCGGCAAAAGCAAAUCGAGCAGGAUCGCUCUAGAAUGCUGUCGUUGGGCGUUGACGUGUGGCCCUGUGCGCCUUCUUCGCUAUCUGAUUGACUGUCAAUUGGUGACUCCAGAUCAAGUAGUGCAACCCGGUGGAGCCACGAUGCUGCACGUAAGCUGUGCGUGUAGGAACAAUGAUGCCGUUCGGUUGCUCUUAGAUCGACUUGGCUCUGCGAACUUGAAGAAAGACGACAAAGGUAGAACGCCGAGAGAUGUUUGCUACAGUCCUACAAUCCGCCAAAUGAUGAGCAAAUGGCAAUUGAACUUUUUGAGGAAAACCAACAAUGCAGAGAAACAAGUUACAAAAGAUGUGAGAUUGAAAGUGUUUGAACUAGCCUCUCAGCCACAGCAAUUGUAUCAUCUACAAAUUUUACUGCAGGAAACCAAUUUUGAUGUCAAUGCUGAAAAAUCUAGACAUGGUGACUUUCUGGUUCACACUUUGGCUCGAGCAGGUAUUUCGCAAAUUCCACUUCUCAUAUUUCUCCACAACAAUCGCAAUUUGAAAGUAGACCAAUUUGAUCAGAAUGGUGCAACUCCCCUAUGCAUUGUUGCUAGAGAGGGAACUCCAGCAAUGGCUGAUGUUCUAAUCUGUUUACUUGGGGCAGAUGUGAACCUUCCAAAUUGUCAAACAGGACGAACUCCAUUGCACGAGGCUUGUUAUCACAACAACAUUCAAGUUUUAAAAUGUCUGCUCUGUCGAGGUGCAUCAUGCAAUAUUGAGGACAAUGAGGCUCAACUGCCAGAAUUUCUUGCUAAACAAGAGGGCUUAGAACACUGCAGGAAAGUUGUUAUAGAAACUCGUCAUAGCAAUGCUGAGGAAGUCACCAGCUUAAUUACUGAGGGAUUAUUGCUUCCUGGAUACAUUCAUGACAGUGACCAAUAUGUUGUCAAUGCUUGUGGUUAUACACCUUUGAUGGUAGCAGUUCGUAGGAACAAAGUGGAGCUGAUUAAUUACUUGGGAAACUUACGGAAUUCUCCUCUUAAUGCACAGCAUUUGAAAACUGGACAAACAGCAUUAUCCAUGAGUGCAGAAAGUGGUAAUGUGGAAUGUCUUAAACAGCUUCUUGAUAUUAUUGCAGCUCGAGGUGGAUCACUACUAUAUGAAGCAUUUCGAAUAAAGGAUUUUUCUGAGCAUCGUUGGUUGCCUCUCCAUUAUGCCUGUCACAAAAAUCACGUAGAAUGUGUUCAGUUAUUGCUAGAUCAGAAAGAAGGACUUGUGGGGCUCAGUGUGGCAAGAAACUUGACAACAAAUGAAGAUUUGCUCCUGAUGUUAGAAGAAGCCAUUCAGAGGCGACAAUGUGAAAUUGUUGAAUGUACUCUAUUUGAAGCUGCAAGCAAUCGCAUAAAGUUUGACGAAUUGGUUUCAUUGGACUUGGAAGAAGAUGAUAACCUGAAUCCAUUUAAUGAAGGUGAGAGUACGCCAGUCUUUCUCAGUGCAAAAAACGGAUUACUUGAAGUUGUCAGAUAUCUCUACAAGCCUCACAUUGAAAUUCCAUUUGCUACUUACGAUCAGUCGUGUGAACAAGAGUCAAUUCAACAGAAGACAUCGACUCCAGCAACAUAUCAAAUGACGUGUCCAAACCUUAAGUCUGGGUGGACACCACUUCACGUUGCAGCCUGUUAUGGCCACUUAGAUGUUGUCGAGUUUCUUCUACAGUUCUAUUGUAGUCAGCAGGAAGAAUUAAUAGAAUUUCAUCAAGAGGCUGGUAACCAAAAUGGUGUCACUUUGAAGAAUAUUGAUGUUGAAGCCAUGAAAGGUGAAACUGCAUUGGAAUUGGCAGUAGCUGAAGGCCACAUAAAUGUAGUAAAAGCUUUGCUUAAGAAUGGAGCCAGUGCAACAAAACCUGACAGUUCUGGCAAGCUUCUUUCAUGUAAACAGUUCCCAGGUGUGCAACUAUUGCUAGAAAAAAGCAAACAUAAACAGAUGAUGAGGAUUUCAACUGUCAUCACCAGCAGGACAGCUAAUGUUGAAGAACUUCAACAUUUGUGGAAGCCUCCAUAUGAUCAUAAUCUGAGAGAUGGAAAUGGCAAGUCACCACUAAUGUUAUGUUGUGAACGAGGCAACGAGCAAUUUCUACAAUUUCUUCUUCAGUCGGUUGCUUUGUUUGAGCCAUCAGAAGAUUUCAUGAAGGAAUUUCUGGAGGUUUGUGAGGUAGAUGAAGACAGCACUCAACAAAAACAGCAAGCAUAUGCUAUUAAACACUCAUCAUUACCACCCCCAAGUCAGUCAUCUUAUCGACAACGUCCAAGUUUAGCUUUUCAGCAACGUCCAACUUCAGCUUUUCAGCCAUCAUUAAAGCGAAGGCACACUGUUGCAUAUGACAAUGCCCUUUCUCCUGACUAUCAUGAUCAUUGGCAGCGUCCAUGUUCAACAACGCCGUAUUGCCCCACAACCUCAACUCGAUCUUUGACUUUACUUCGUGCCCCAACUCCUCUCCCAGCAAUGUUGGCAGAUGAAGAAACAGAUGCAGGUGAACUGUAUCACAGUUUAGAAUCUAUGAGUUUUCAAGGUCAUUAUCUAUUGGCCUUCAAUACUGAGAAUGGCAAAUCUGCAUUACACUAUGCUGUUGAGAGUAAAAGACUACAAAUUGUUGCUCAAGUGUUAAAGGUUGAUCAGCGCAGUGUGUGUUUACGAGACAAGGAUGGCAGAACGCCACUGCACAUUGCGUGCAGUUUGAACAAUACGGCAAUCGUCAAGGAACUGCUUAAAUACCCACUUACAAAUCCUUGCCUUUAUGACUGCACUACAUGUCGACCAGAUGACUUGACUUCCAAGCCAACCAUUAAACAAAAGAUUAUUGCUGCUAGAGAAGAAUUCAAACAAAGGACAAUGGAAGUAAAACUAUCAAGUGGUUCUGAUAUGAAUGACAUGCUGGUGGAAGGCAUCCUAGAGGAAACUCCGUUGAGGUCCAAUGACAGACGAAGUGGUGAGCUAGGUCUUAUGCUGAAAUAUCCGCAUAGAAACAUGCCAAUGCCUCGAAAAGAGGACCACAAUGGGCAAUUUUAUCAUAUUUUGGACAGUCUUCCUAGUGCUCCUUCACACAAAGAGCAAGAUGAGACAAGUUCAAGAGAUUAUCAACAGACGUUGCAGGCAAGUUCUGGUACUGAUCAAUUACCUGACAUCAGCUUUAGCGAUAUUCAAGUUCGCCUUCAGCAAUUGAAAGCAAAAACGGGUACCCGUCACUACUGUCCUCCACUGCAUGAUGCCGAGCAGGUAAACUAUUGACUGUAUAUAUUGACCUACAAAAAUCACAAGAUUGCAUAGGUAACUAACUGCAAAUGGUUGUGUAACACUGCAGCUAUGGAAUACAGAUGUUUUGUCAAAUUUAGAAUAA